UGUACUUCAAUGACCCAGUGACCUAACAGCAACAGCUUCACGUUCCCAUAGAAGCUUGUUAACUGUCACUCUUAGUUGUCCUCCCACGGAGAAGAGACGAGGAAGAGGAAGAGGAAGAGAAAAAGUUCGUGUUGCCUCCAGAAGAGUAACCGUCAUGGAGGCCGAGAAGAAGAGAAAAGGUCAGAAGAAGCAGCGGAAGCUGUUGAGCUACGAGGAGCUGCCGGAUUACAUGAAGGAGAAUGAGUACAUCAGAGAUCACUACAGGGCAGAAUGGCCGAUAAGGAACGCACUGCUGAGCCUCUUCUCUUGGCACAAUGAAACGCUCAACAUCUGGACGCAUCUGCUAGGGUUCGUCCUGUUCUUGGGAUUCACUCUGCUGCAUCUCAGUCAUCAUGUAGCAGAGGUGGCUGAUUUCCUUGGACAUUUCACCUGGUCAAUCCCCACAAGUGCAGUGGAAAAUGCCUCCUGCAGCCUGGGAAAUUUCUUUGGAGAAGCAGCGGCGUUCAUUAAGCUACCCUCUCAAACCACAGCCGCGUCGUCGCCUUCACAUCCGGCGGCAGCCCAGUGGCCCUUCUUCGUGUUCCUCGGCGGCUCCAUGUUCUGCCUCCUCUCGAGCAGCGGCUGCCACCUCCUCUGCUGCCACUCGCACCGCCUCAACCUGUUCCUCCUGCGCAUGGACUACGUCGGCAUCGCCGUCAUGAUUGUGACCUCCUUCAUCCCCCCCAUCUAUUAUAUCUUCCAAUGCGACCCUCACUGGCAGGUCACCUACCUUGUGGCUAUCUCCGCCAUGGGCUUCGUCACCGUCUUCACCCUCCUGUCGCCGCAGCUGUCCACCGGCGAGUUCCGAGCGUACCGUGCCCUGCUUUUCGUGGGCAUGGGCUUCUCCGGCAUCGUGCCCGCGGUGCAUGCGGCCGUCAUGAACUGGGGCGAGCCGCGGCGCAACGUGACGUUGGCCUACGAGACGGCCAUGGCCAUGUCGUACUUGACGGGGACCAUCUUCUACGUGACGAGGGUGCCGGAACGGUGGAAGCCCGGGUGGUUCGAUCUCGCCGGCCACAGCCACCAGAUAUUCCAUGUGUUUGUAAUCACGGGCGCGGUGGCGCACUACGGCGCGGCCGUCAUCUUCCUCCAGUGGCGCGACCAGGUGGGCUGUGGAGGGGCUUCCUGAGCUCGGUAGGUGUUUGUUGUUUGUUUUGCAUUGUGUUUUCGUUGAUUAUGAUUCAUAAGGGGCUAUAGAAGUUAUAUAGCUCGUUGACAGGCAAUUCCUAGAUUUGUCAGGUUUGUUCAUGUGAGAUUAUGUUGGACAGUAGUAUAAUUCUUGGGAGAUUUGAACGUAUACAAGUUCUAAAUAAAUCUGGUGAGAGAUCAAUCU